ACGUCAUCUUUCGGCGCCCAUUUAGCGGGACCGUCGCGGCGUUUGAAACAUCAACAUCUGUAGCUCCACAAAAUUCCAUUUUAUACCUUAUUUCUCGGUUUUAGAGCGGAUUGAAAUGAUCGAUAUGAUCGAGAAAGAGGACCCGGUCAUCAGCGAGGAGGAAGCGGCGCAGUAUGACCGUCAAAUCCGCCUGUGGGGACUGGAUGCACAGAAGAGGUUGCGAGGGUCCCGUGUGCUCCUGGCUGGUGUUGGUGGUCUCGGGGCUGAAGUGGCCAAGAACUUGAUCCUGGCUGGAGUUAAAGGACUCACUUUGCUGGAUCAUGAACAGGUGUCGGAGGACUCGUGUCGAGCUCAGUUCCUGGUUCCGGUGACGGCUCAGGGUCAGAAUCGGGCCCAGGCCUCUCUGGAGCGAGCGCAGAACCUCAACCCAAUGGUGGAGGUUCACGCUGACCCAGGCAGGAUCGAGGACAAACCAGACGACUUCUUUCUGCAGUUUGAUGCGGUUUGUCUGACAGGCUGCUCCAGAGACCUGAUGGUUCGGGUCGACCAGCUCUGCUCCAAACACAGCAUCAAGGUCUUCUGCGGAGACGUCCACGGUUACUACGGUUACAUGUUCUGCAACCUCGGACCGGAGCACAACUAUGUGGAGGAGAAGCCUAAAGCAGUGAAGCCGACCGCUGAUUCCAACGACGGUCCAGAAGCCAAGAAAGCUAAAAUGGACCCCAACGAGACCACCAUGGUGAAGAAGACGGCCAGUUUCUGCACGCUGAAGGAGGCUCUGGAGGUGGACUGGACCAGUGAGAAGGCCAAAGCCGGUCUGAAGAGAACACCAGUGGACUAUUUCCUUCUUCACGUUCUGUUGAAGUUUCGUACGGACAAAGGCCGUGACCCCGACCCACAGUCCUUUCCAGAAGACAGUCAGCUCUUGAGACAGAUCCGUGAUGACGUCCUCGAGACCUUGGCCCUGAGUGCCGACCUCCUCAAUGACGACUUCAUCAGCUACUGUUUCUCCGAGAUGUCUCCAGUGUGCGCCGUAGUCGGAGGAGUUCUUGGACAGGAAGUUGUCAAGGCUCUCUCCCAGAGAGACCCUCCUCACCGCAACUUCUUCUUCUUCGACGCUCGUAAAGGCAACGGCGUGGUCGACUACUUUGGACCAAACUGAGUCCGUCGUGCUUCACACACAAAUGCGAGCCUUUCUGUUUGUUCUGUCUUGUUAUUUAUGUCGGCAUUUUCUCCACAAGUCAAAGAAAUAAACUGUUGAUGCAUUUUUUUUCUGUUUUUAAAUCACAUGAUCGCAAUUUCCCUGAAAACACAAGUACAGUGAGAUGUGGUUUUUUUAUCAUUUGCUAAUAAAACAUUGUUUAAUUACAAAAAAGA